UUGCGCAGGAUGUCAGGAAGCGGGUCGCAUGGGAAGUGCGUUUUCCAGCCGGCCGUUCCCGGAAGCUGAGCUUAGGCGCGCUCCCCUAAACAACACAGAGAAAUCGUGGCCCGGACUCUGUUAUCUGACAGUAACAGGGCUGAUUCUACAAUCAGUAAAGGUCUGCGAGCUGUGACGUCUCGGUCCAACCAGACAGUUUAAUCCCUAAAAUGAGUAAAUAGCGCCUCCACAGGAUCCCUGGAGUGCAUGCAUGCACUCGAAUAGUUCUUUCUCACUUGGGGCGGUGUUCACGUGCCCAAAACAGCGUCCCCACAGCCACCAGCUCAGCGGCCGCAUGGGACAGGGGGCAACCUAUCGCGCCUCGGGUUCCCUCAGCCAGCGCCAGGCGCUGUUCAUCCUCUUGCUGAGAAGAGACAAUCAGCGGGAGACCCUUCACAAGUCGCGUUCCUUGUGUAUCCUUUUUUAAGACAGAGUCUGCAAGCCGGGCGUGGUGGCGCAGCCAGUCAUCCCAGCACUCGGGAGGCGAAGGCAAGAAGAUCUCAAAUUCCAGGACAGCUAGGCUACAUAACAUACCUUGUCUCAAAAAGAAGAGAAUAAACAGGGCCGCCAAGAGUUCUACCCAGAGGAGCUGCAGUCUGUCUGGAACCCUGAACAAGAGCUUUGCCAGAGGAGAUGGAAUGUCUGCAGUGUUACAUCAGAGCUCAGCCUUCAGAGGACUUAGGCCAAGUGGCACACUUCACUGCAAAUGAGCAUGCCUGGUUUUGUGCUGUCUGAUCAUCACAAGCUAAUGAAACACAUAUUAGGUCUUAUGGACACAGGUUCCACUGUUCUCCAGGUGCCCUGGCAGCUGGUACAGGGGCUGUGAACAAUGGAACCAAACUCUCAGAGGACUAAAGUCCCAGCUUUCUUAUCUGAUUUGGGGAAGGCCACAUUGAGGGGAAUCAGGAAGUGUCCCCGAUGUGGUACGUUCAAUGGAACCCGUGGGUUGAGCUGUAAGAAUAAGACAUGUGGAACCAUAUUUCGCUAUGGUGCCCGAAAGCAGCCUAGCAUUGAAGCUGUCAAAAUCAUCACCGGCUCUGAUCUACAGGUCUACUCUGUGCGGCAGAGAGACCGAGGCCCUGACUACCGAUGCUUUGUGGAGCUAGGUGUUUCAGAGACUGCAAUCCAGACCGUGGAUGGUACGAUUAUCACUCAGCUGAGCUCUGGCCGAUGUUAUGUCCCCUCGUGUUUGAAAGCUGCCACUCAAGGCAUCGUGGAAAACCAGUGUCAACACAUCAAGCUAGCAGUGAACUGCCAGGCGGAGGCCACCCCUCUGACCCUGAAGAGUUCGGUCCUGAAUGCUAUGCAGGCCGCCCCAGAAACCAAACAGACCAUCUGGCAGUUGGCCACAGAACCUACGGGUCCCCUGGUACAGAGAGUCACUAAAAACAUUAUGGUAGUGAAAUGUAAAGCCAGCCAGAAGCACAACUUGGGCUAUUUGCACACGUCCUUCAUGCAGAAAAUCAGCUCCAGAAGCUUGUCUGAGCGCCGCUUCUCCUGCUCCUGCCAGACUCUGAAGUCACACAAGUCCAACGUCCCCAAGGCUGAGGCAGCCCCAAAGUGCAUCCAUUUCUUUGCUUGCCUCUGUGCCUUUGCCAGUGAUGAGACAUUGGCUCAGGAAUUCUCGGAUUUCCUGAAUUUCGAUGCCAGUGGUCUUAAGGAGAUAAUUGUGCCCCAGUUAGGCUGCCAUGCAGAGUCAUCUGUCUCAGCUUGUGAGUCUGCUGCCUCUAAGCCCCGGAAGAGGAAGAAGGAUGAAAUGUCUGGUGCACAAGUGAAUAGCUCACUGAUGCCGCAAGAUGCAAUAAACAGCAAUCUAAGGAAGAGUGGCCUGAAAAAGCCUGUGGUUACAUCAUCAUUGAAAAGGCAGGUCUGUGGUCAACUGUUAGAUGAGGCACAAGUGACCUUGUCCUUCCAAGACUGGCUGGCCAGUGUCACAGAGCGCAUCCAUCAAACCAUGCACUAUCAGUUUGAUGGCAAACCAGAACCCCUGGUGUUCCACAUUCCUCAGUCCUUUUUUGAUGCCUUGCAACAGAGAAUAUCCAUAGGAAGUGCAAAGAAGCGGCUCCCCAACUCCACCACAGCUUUUGUUCGGAAAGAUGCCUUGCCACUGGGAACCUUUUCCAAGUACACCUGGCAUAUCACCAAUAUUCUGCAAGUCAAACAAAUCUUAGACACCCCAGAGAUGCCCCUGGAAAUCACACGUAGCUUUAUCCAGAACCGGGAUGGGACUUAUGAGCUGUUUAAAUGCCCUAAAGUGGAAGUAGAGAACAUAGCGGAAAGCUAUGGCCGCAUAGAGAAGCAGCCUGUGCUGAGACCUUUGGAGCUGAAAACCUUCCUCAAAGUUGGUAACACUUCCCCAGAUCAAAAGGAGCCAACACCCUUUAUCAUUGAGUGGAUCCCAGAUAUCCUCCCACAAUCCAAGAUUGGUGAGCUUCGAAUCAAGUUUGAGUAUGGUCACCACCGGAAUGGACAUGUGGCUGACUACCAGGACCCAAGGCCACCCAUGGACCAACCUUUGGAGCUGGCCCCUCUGACUACUAUCACUUUCCCUUGAGGCAAAUCAAGAGUAUUUUUGCAGAGUUUGCACAUCCCAACCCCUGAGGACUAUAAAUCCUAGUAGCACUUACAAGAUCCCUGCUAACAAACCGCACUUGGCUAAGAUACAGUUACUCAGCCCAUCCAUGUGUGUUCUGUAGAAGAAACUCUUAUAAAUAGCCUUGUGUGUACAGUCUUCAUACAAGUCAGGCACUUAUUUCUGACCAGAGUUUUAGAAGAAAACAAAAAUCCAGCUCACUGGCUUCUCGUGGAUUCACCUGCAGCUUGUUUUUCUGUAAUUCUCCAAAAGUCACAGCACUGGAUCUUAGCCAACAGUGUUGGAAAGUUAAUGAUGCCCUGGGCCGAGCAGGGUCCUCGCUCUCUGCCCGAGAGCUCCAAUCAUACUCUUUAUUCUGAUAACAAAAUAAAGUACAAUGUCACUAGUUUUUCCAAA